AUGCUGGAGCGAAUGUCCCGUCGCUCUCGCUCCCUGCUCUCCCUGACCUUGACCACUCUGGCUCUGGCCCUCUCCAUCCUGGCUCUCUGCACCUCUUACUGGUGUGAGGGCACCCACAAGGUGGUCAAGCCCCUCUGCCUGUCGCCCGUCAAAAUGAAGAACUGUGGUCAGAACAACAGCGAGCCUUACACCACAGAGAGUCCCACUCAGAACCCGUACAACCGCACACUGUCUCCAGCCAGGAGGGACGAGCUGGCCAAGAUCAGACAGAGGCAGUUGGCCAACGCAGUUCAGUACAUCUGGGAGACGGGAGAAGACAAGUUUGCUUUUAGAUACUUCCACACUGGUUUCUGGGAAAGCUGCGAGAAACACAACGACGGGGAGAAAUGUCGAAGCUUUAUAGAGUUAACACCUGGAGAAACACAAGGUGUCCUCUGGCUGUCUGUUAUUUCAGAGUUUACGUACAUCGGUCUGCUGGGGAUGGGCUUCCUACUGAUGUGGCUGGAAGUCUUGUGUUCCCAUAAAGAGAUGCACUCGCUAAAAAUCAAUGCCUAUGCAGCUAUCUGUACUGUGUUGUCAGGUCUUCUUGGGAUGGUGGCCCAUAUGAUGUUCACCACAGUGUUUCAGAUGACAGUCAUCGUGGGCCCCAAAGACUGGAGGCCUCAGUCCUGGGACUACGGCUGGUCUUUUGCUCUUGCCUGGGUGUCCUUCAGUUGCUGUAUGGGGGCCGCGGUGGUCACACUCAACUCCUACACAAAGACCAUCAUCGAGCUCCGUCGCAGACAGAGGCUCCGUUUGGAGGAAGCAAGAGCCGCCACUCAUGCUCCUUCCUACGAUGAGGUGGUUCCAGGAGGCGGGCUCUACUCUGUCAGCGGCCUGUUGCAGUGUCCAGACGGUAUGAUCGACGUAGCGUGGGCCCCGAAUGGCAGCGUGGUCGGAGUGGGAAAUGGGGAUGUACCAACGCUGGUUUUAGUUGGAGGCUGUGGGCCGGAGGGGUGUGAAGACUGUGAGAGAGAGAUGGAUGAGAUGGACGAUGCCAUGGACCGAGUGGAUUCACCUUGUUAGGGGAUCUUUUAUAUCUAUCAACUUAAAAAAGGGUUGAAAAAAAACUGGACAAGGAAAGAUCCUGUCAUCGUGCUGG